AACGGACUCUCUAUUAGCCCGUCGAUUUUCCCUCUAUUUCACACACAACACAUACUUCCACAAUUUUCUGCGUAGAUUUUUUUUCCUUUUCGUUUCCGAUUUAAGAGUGAUCAAUGUAGAGAAGAUAUUUGGAACUUUUUCAAAGAUGCGUCAAAAUCCGUGAUAUUGUAUAGGAGCUCUUCUGGAAUCUUCAAUUUCCUCGCUGUAUUUGAAGGAGAAGAAAGGCUGAGUUUCGCAGCUAGAAGUUUCUCGAUUCUGUUUUGUUUUGUUUUUUCAUUGCGCAAGUUCGAGAAGAAAAGCUCAGAUUUAAGGUCUGCAUUAACAUUUCUCCGCUGUUCGGCUGGUUUUUUUUAUGGCGUCGAUUCGCCGCGUUCUGAGAGGAAACGUAGUUUGAAUAACGAAGUUUUUUAUUCGCGUUUGGAAUCUGAAAGCUCAGAUCGCUCGCGUGCGGAGUUCGGAGUUCAAUAUUCAUAUAGUUUUUUUUCGUCUCGAACUCCGCAGGAAGGAAUGGGGAUUGAUUUGAGAUCUGUGUUGGAGACGGUGAGAAAUUUGUCAACCUCUGACCAUGCUUCAGUGGUCUCAAUCACCUUGUUUGUCACGCUCCUCUGUGCGUGUAUUGUGAUCGGUCAUCUAUUGGAGGAAAGUCCUUGGAUGAAUGAAUCAAUCACUGCCCUUAUAAUUGGUGUGGGGACCGGAGUUAUGAUUUUACUUGUAAGUGGAGGGAAAAGCUCACAUCUUUUUGUGUUCAGCGAAGAUCUUUUCUUCAUUUAUCUCCUUCCUCCAAUCAUCUUCAAUGCUGGGUUCCAGGUUAAGAAGAAACAAUUCUUCCGCAAUUUUGCGACUAUAAUGAUGUUUGGAGCACUCGGUACACUAGUAUCUUUCACAAUCAUAUCACUAGGUGCUAUUGCCAUCUUUGGCAAAAUGGAUCUUGGUCUUGUAAUUGGGGAUUAUCUUGCAAUUGGAGCUAUUUUUGCUGCAACAGAUUCUGUUUGUACAUUGCAGGUGCUAUGUCAGGAUGAGACACCACUACUAUACAGUCUAGUGUUUGGAGAAGGCGUUGUUAAUGAUGCAACAUCAGUGGUGCUUUUCAACGCAAUCCAGGAUUUUGACCUUUCUCGUAUCAAUUCAGCUAUAGCUUUGCAGCUGAUUGGAAAUUUUAUUUAUUUAUUUAUCUCAAGCACUGUGUUGGGAGUUUUCCUUGGACUGCUCAGCGCUUAUAUCAUAAAGAAGCUUUAUUUUGGAAGGCACUCAACUGACCGCGAGGUUGCAAUCAUGAUGCUCAUGGCUUACCUAUCAUACAUGUCGGCAGAAUUAUUCUAUCUAAGCGGGAUCCUCACCGUCUUCUUUUGUGGGAUUGUAAUGUCACAUUACACUUGGCAUAAUGUGACUCAGAACUCGAGAGUUACAACCAAACACACCUUUGCAGCAUUGUCAUUUGUUGCUGAGACAUUCAUAUUUCUAUAUGUUGGCAUGGAUGCUCUGGACAUUGAGAAGUGGAGCGUUGUAAGCGACAGCCCGAAAACCUCAAUCAAAGUCAGUGCAAUUCUACUUGGACUGAUCAUGGUUGGAAGAGCAGCCUUUGUUUUUCCCUUGUCAAUCUUGUCCAACUUCAAGAAGUCUCCACGCGAGAAAAUCGACUUUAAGCAGCAAAUUACCAUAUGGUGGGCUGGACUUAUGCGAGGCGCUGUAUCCAUGGCUCUUGCUUACAACCAGUUUACCAGGGCAGGCCACACUCAGUUACGCGGCAAUGCCAUCAUGAUCACCAGCACCAUAACCGUCGUGCUCUUCAGCACCGUGGUUUGCGGGCUGAUUACGAAACCAUUGGUGAGAUUCUUGAUGCCCUCAUCAAAACAGCUCAACAGAUCAAUGUCUUCAGAGCCCGGCACGCCCAAGUCCUUCACCGUGCCUCUUCUUGCCAGUCAGGAUUCGGAUUCAGAACUCUUCAGCGGCAACGGGCAGGUGUCCGGAGCCCACGGAGACGAGCAGCCUGUAGUCCGCCCGAGCAGCCUACGCAUGCUUCUCACAACCCCUACUCGCACCGUUCACUACUACUGGAGGAAAUUCGACAAUGCCUUCAUGCGCCCCGUCUUUGGUGGCCGAGGCUUCGUCCCCUACGUGCCGGGCUCCCCGACCGAACAAAGCGUGCAUCAAUGGCCUGCAGAAGAAGCCAAGGACUAGCCAUGCUGCUGCUGCUCUAACUUCACUCUCAGGUUUUCUACAUUUCCUGUUUUCAUUAUUAAGCCUCUCUCUCUCUCUCUCUCUCUAUAUAUAUAUAUAUAUAUACACAUAUAUUUGGCCUUGUGUUAGGUGAGUUGGUGAUCGGCCUCUAGAUUAGCCUAUGACUUCAAACAGAUUAAUGUUCUGUUUCUAUGAUAACUUUAAAAGAAAUGUUGUCUAGUUUUUGCAGAAACACCAGUUUUUGGUGUGAAUUUUUGUUAGCAAGGCUGUGUGCAUGUGGUCUUGGUAUGUAUAGUCUAUGUUGUAAUUAAUUUUCUUUAUUAUUUGUAUUUUGUAACUUCUCCGGAAUACAUAAUAUACGUUUGAAUCAUCUCAAUUAAUUUCA